UGAAUAUAUAUUUCGAGGGGCUAAACGCAAGGGCUCACACGUCGCGUUGUACUCGCGCAGAUACGUGUUUCGUUUUGCUCGCCCUGAGACGGAACGUGCUGAGAGAGAGAGAGAGAGAGAAAGAGAGAAAACGCACGAUUUAUAAGGUUAGCCCGCGAGGCGAAGGCGAAGCCAGCCGCGACUCUCGAGGACGACGAUAAGGUGAUUCGCCUUCGGGCCACCUCUCUGGGGGAUCAGGUUAGGUCGAUUAUGCGAAAAAAAACAGCAAUGGCGCUGCGGAUUUUCGGGAUGCCAGAAUAACCGGAGGCUGCGAAGCCUUGGUCGUCGAAACGACGUCGCGCAACGCACACCCGUCUGCCCGCCGAUCGUACCCCCGUGUGUACACCCGCUAGGGUCUUUCUCCUUCCCUCCCCCCCUCCCCUCCGACUCCUCGGUCCUAGGAGAUCGGCGAGGAGUGCACCAUGUCAAACGGACUGGCAUUGUUAAAUAACAACCAACAAUCGGAUCAGACAAAAUAUGCUGCGUCCAUGACUCCCGCUAACGGUAACACGCUAUCGGAGAACUCGCCGAGCGGCCACGCGGCGCAGAUGAGGCAAGGAAAUUUGUCAAAAUCUGUUCUAAAGAGGACUGCAGAUGCAGAUUUAGAAAAUAUUACCAGCGCGAAGAAACGUCAUAAAAAUCCACAACCGAAGAAUGCAGUAUGUGCGUUGAACGAGCUAAAAACCGGAGCUACAUACAAAGUAGUCGGGCAGACUGGACCUACUCAUGCUCCAAUAUUCACAAUCGCUGUGCAAAUCGAUGGACAGACGUACGAAGGAAAAGGACGUACCAAAAAGAUGGCGAAGCAUGCAGCUGCUGAACUCGCGUUGCGAAACAUCAUUCAAUUUAGAAAUACACCUGAGGUUCACCAAGCUAUCAAUACUUGCCAGCCUGUUGUGCCUCUUGAGCCAGAUUUUACAAGUGACGUAACAGAACGUGAUAAUCAUCUUGUCAAUGCAUUUAAAACAACACAAGAGCCAAAGAAUACUAAUAAAUUCUUAGAUAAAGGUCCAGUAGCAUUGAUUAAUGAAUUAUAUCCGGGUGUCAUAUAUAACUGUAUAUCCGAUAAUGGAGAGAGUUACGCAAGGUUUACGAUAUCGGUAACUAUCGAUGGCGAGACAUUCGAGGGAACGGGCCCGAGUAAGAAAUUAGCAAAAGCCGCGGCGAGUAAAGCCGCCUUAGCUAAAUUGCGAAACGUCCACAGUUCUUCGUUUUCUUUACCACUUCCCAUUCGCUCGCCCAACUUCCCUAAUUCUCCACUUUGGCAAGGACAGAUGUCCUUACCGCAAAUGCAAGCUGACAACAUUGGCAGGAUGGUGAACCAGAAAUUUGGUGAACUUAUUCAAGGCAAACCUCAACACGCGCGACGUAAGGUCCUGGCCGGUGUCGUACAGACGAAAGGGCAAGACGCGGAACUGAUAUGCGUUACUACCGGUACGAAAUGUGUUUCGGGCGAGCAUUUGAGUGUUAGUGGUGGUGCUGUAAAUGAUUGCCACGCGGAAGUAGUAGCACGACGGUGUCUCUGCGAAUAUCUCUACAAACAAUUAGAAUUAUAUCUCGAGGAGAAAGGUGCAGAAUCUAUUCUCGAGCAAACUGAAAAAGGAUUCAAAUUAAAGCCAGGAAUUCAAUUUCAUUUAUAUAUAAAUACUGCUCCCUGUGGUGAUGCGAGAAUUUUCUCGCCUCACGAAGAAAAUGAAUCCAUAGAUAAACAUCCCAACAGACGAGCUAGAGGUCAAUUACGUACGAAGAUAGAGUCCGGUGAAGGAACUAUUCCUGUAAAGAGCAACGAGGGUAUUCAAACUUGGGAUGGUGUACUAAUGUCCAAUUUAAAGGGUCAAAGACUGCUGACGAUGUCGUGUUCGGACAAAAUAGCUCGAUGGAACGUACUUGGCGUGCAGGGCGCACUCUUAAGCCACUUCAUCGAGCCAAUUUACUUCCACAGCAUUGUCCUUGGUAGUCUCUUGAAUCCGAGUCAUAUGUAUAGAGCUGUUUGCGGUCGUAUCGAGUUGACUAUUGAGGGGUUACCACCGCCGUAUAAACUUAAUAAGCCGAAAAUGAGUCUGAUUACAUCUUCUGAAGUCAGACAACCAGGGAAAGCGCCUAAUUACAGUGUCAAUUGGACAGUUGGCCAAAGCGAAGCCGAAGUUAUAAAUUGCACAACUGGCAAGGAUGAACUAGGGAAACCUUCCAGAAUAUCUAAACAAGCGUUCUUUAGGCGGUUCUUUAAUCUUUUAGGUAAACUUCCAACCAUCGAACCUAUUGACGAGAAUCGUUGUCGCCAUUAUUUCGAUGCAAAAUCCUCAGUAAAAGAUUACUCGAUUGCCAAGGAAAAAUUGAAGGAUGCUUUCGUGAAAGCACGGCUUGGAAGUUGGGUGAAAAAGCCAAUCGAGCAAGACAUGUUUGAAAUCGAUAUCUGACUAAAUCAGACUAACAAUAUUGCAGCAAAAAACAAUACAAAGAAUUCUGUCAUGAAAUACGCAGUUCCUAGUGCAAAAUAGAUCGCUCGUUCGGCGUGUCAUAAUAUGGCAGAAUUUGGUAUCAGUAAAGCAUAAAUCGUAGGAUCUCGCGCAUGUAUUCUUUUGCGCCUUAUGAUCUCAGUAUAUUUACCGUGUUCACACAGUGUAUUACGAAUUAUCGAUAAUUAUUAAUCAUUUCGUUGUGUACGGUGUAGUUGAUAGAAAAAAAAAUUUGCAUCAAAACUUUCAAGCUUAUAUUAUUUUGACGUGUUAAUAGCAAUAGUUGUUGACGAAAGAUCAAUUCAGCACAUAUCCAUAUGGAAUUUCUUAGUAAUAGCGUGGCUCAAUGGUAACAGAAUUGCUUACAGAAAUCUUUCCAACUCUCUAUUGCACAAAGUGAUUAAAGAUCACGUUUGGUGAACCUGUACAGAUGAUCUUUUCUUUGUGCAAAAUAAUUUUUGUCAUGAUAUAGACAUUCCUGCACUUUACUCUUAUUUGUCCAUUCGCGUGAUCUGUUUACAUAAUCCUAGGCUAUCUCCAAUCACAAUUUCGAAUAAUUUUGAAAUCGAAAUAAUUUUAAGAGGCAAACAUUAGUAUCUUGUAUACGAACGCAUUGUACCUACGAUGUCCCCAGAUAACAUUCUAUGUCAGAAAAUUUUACAGAUAAUCGCUAUUUCUUUUUUUUUUUUUCUUCAGUAAAGCUUGUCGCUCGAUGUAAUGUAUCUAACACACAUCUUCUAUGCACGCGUGACAUGAACAUCAUGUAUCAUACACAAUGACAUAUCCUCGUGUAACUGUGCAUGUUAGCGGCGUCGAUCAUGAUCUUGGCGUAUUUCUAUCUCGAAGAAUUUGAGACUUGGAAUCUUGUUAUCUUCUAUGAGUUAACAAAAUGCUAUCUGGAAUCUUGUUAUCUUCUAUGAGUUAACAAAAUGCUAUCUGGGAUCUUUUUGUAGGACAUUAGAUAUAGCAACGAAUUAAGUUGCGACACUUUGCAUCUUCUACGGCUGUGAUUGGAUUCAGAUCUGACAAAUGGAUCUUAAUCGUAAAAGAUACUAACUUCGUCGCAAAAGUUUAACGGAAAAGGCAGGACAGAAUUUCUCACAAACGUUUGCAUGAUAAUUACAAUUUUCCAUUACAAUAGCAAUCUAUGGUAGUUUCGUUUAUUCAUUACUCUUAUUAGAAACAAGAUUAUAUCUGAAAAUCUUUGUUACCCAUCUUUUAUAGCGAAGAUUUUUAUUGUUUGAAUAUUAUACAGAAAUCUUAACAGAAACAAAUUAAGAACGAAUCGUAUGUAUUUUAAUAACAGGAUACUCAGAUAACAGAUAUUUCAUAUAUUUCGUUGCAAAGUCUACAAUCUUAGUUUAUAUAUGUUAGAUAAAUUUUUAUUCAGAUAUAUAAAAAAAGUGCAUGUUCGAAAACAGUGAUUGCAAGACAAGAAUUAAUCGUUUCCUUUGUAUUUAAUAAAAGAAAACACUUUGAGAGAACACUUAGUAAAGUUAUAAAGAGCAUACGCUUUAAAACAACUAUAUACUCUUUUACAUCAUCGCAUCGUAUUUUCCGCGAGCAGCAGGGUCCAAGAUCACAAAAAUUAGUCUUAUAGUCGAUUCAUGCAGAAAGCAGAAAGGUAGAAAACCAUUAUACAAUGAAUAAUGAAAGAUCAUUGUUUUAGAGCACGUAUAUUUCUUUUUUAUAAAUACUGACAGAAUUUUAUCUAAUAUAAACUAAGACUUUUUCUUUUAUACAUAUAUGUAUAUCAAGCCCGCAACUGUCCGCAGCUAAUUUAACGUAGCGGUUGGUUAUUACUUUCAAUCAUAUUUAAAUAUAAGAGUUAAAUGAAAAUGGGAAUAUAGGAAGAGUACGAUAAUAACUUACGCGACAUGAACAGUUGCAUAAUUUUCCAGAUAAAUAUGUUAGUAAGUAUCCAUGUAGCAUAUUUAGAGAGAAUCCUAAGGUCAUUGCCUCACUGUGCCAGUAUUAUGAUUAAUGCAAUUCUGCCGUAGUGACACACUGCCCGUGCUGGUCCAGUUUUGCAUAAAGAACUCAUUUAAUUAUGAUUUAACGUAAUGCGUAAUACCAAAAAUAUUUUUCCUUUUAGAAUUCCACACAUAAGGCCGAUCAUUAUGAAACGAAAUGUUAUUUUAGAUAAAUAUAAUUUUCUAAGAAGAGUGUUAUGUAUUAGAGAGGAAGAGAAUGAAUUUUAAAUUAAGCGCAUGUCGCACACGCAAACAAUUAAACGAAUAUGGAACGGUUAUUUUUUUUUUUUUGUGUUUUUCAAUGCAGUAAGCUGAUGUAUUUAGGAUUCCCACGGUCAGAUUGUCCAAAAUAUUACGUCCGGGAAACAGCUUGUUUUCUAUAAAUGAGAUAUAUUCGAUGAUUUUUCCAGUUUUGCGUGCGGCGACAAAGUGUUUGGCUAGUGUACAGUCAAUAUGUGAUACCAAUCGUGUAUUUGUGCCAAGCGCAAUACGCAGUAACAGCUCAAAGAAUUUUACUUUGUCUUCUCGCCUGUUUUCUGAUAGGUAUACUUCGUCGAAAGAACAACAUAAUUAGGUUUUCAAUAGGAAAUGAUUUUAUGUAAUACGCGAGAUGUUUACGCGUGGAUAAAUAUCGUCGUACUGUCUGUAAAAGAGAAUGCUGCGCUCGUCAAUACCACGUCACUUUUGAUUCUUCAUAUACAGAAUAUCCUGCAAUAUACAUAUAACUCAAAUCGAUAUACAUACUCAUAUAUAUUUCUUGAAAAAAAUAUAUAUUAUAUACACAUACAUUACAUGCGUGUAUAUUGGAGAGGAUACUCUAUAUAUAAAAAAUAAAAACCAAUAUAACAUUUUGUGGACAGUACGAUGUUUUCCUUUGCCAUAUAUAUAUAUAUUCGCAUAAAUAUAAUUUGCUGCUUGUAAAUGCGCUAUAGUUAUGUUAUAAAAUUUAAGAAAGCUAUUCUGAUUUUUUACCCGGUACAUUAAGAUUACUGUCUGACCUACAAAAUAUUUUUCGAAUUGUAAGAAUUUGUUUGUCUUAAUUUAUUAUUUUUUGAAAAUGUAUUCACGAGAUAUGAACAAUAUUAUUUCUUUUAUUCUCUAUUUCCUUGCGCCUCAUUCAACAAAAGAAGAUGCAAAAGAGAUGUUUGUUGUAAACGGAUUCUGAUGUAAUUGCUCGUUUAUCUCAUGACUUAUAUUUUUUUAAUAUUUUUUAAUAUAUUCUAUUAAUCAUGAUAUCCUUUAAUAUUCUUUAUCUUAGGAAUAUUUUUUUUAUUAGAAGUACGCAGAUAGAAUUACAAGAAAUUUUGGAGAAUAAAUAGAGAUUUGGAAGUAUCUUUGACACUAGCGAAAAAUGAAUUAUUUUUUUCGAAAGGAUUGCACAUAAAGUAAAAAAAGAAAUAGAAAAUACAAUUUUUUAUAUCGUGCAUUUAUAAUGCUUAUUUAGAACAAGAAGGAUAAGAAAAUAAAAAAAAAAAAUGUAUCAUAAUCACACGAUCCGUGAAAACGGAAAAAGAGUUUUCUUCUAAUCUAUCCGAGUUCUCACUUGUGAGUUAUCGUUUGCACAAAAGAAAAGUGUAUUUACGAAUUUUAAGCGUGAUUUAAAGUUUGAGAACACUGCAAUAUAUACUAUAUAAGGAAAUCGUAUGUGACAUAACUCUGAACAGGCAGUAAUCUAUUAUUCUAUAGCAAUUUUCUUUAUCACAUAUGACAUUUAAAGUAACAUAAGCAUUGAAUUCAGCAUUCUCAUACACCAUUAUUGCGGUCGUUAUUAGGUGUCAGUAUUGAUAUUUGUAGCACUUUAACGACGUUAUCGAUUAUAUUUGAAAAGAGAAACGAAACGUAAUUUUAACUGUUAUGGAUAAUUUUUAAAUAUUGAAACUGCUAUCGAAAGGCAAAUAAUAUUUUACCGUUAAAUAUGCAAUACGAAGACCGAGUCCAAUUUUAUAGCGUACUUCAUCGAGUAAUAAUAAUCUUGUUAGGGUAAAAUUACAUAUAUAUAUAUUUAUUUCCUUUAUCUCUUCUUCCAUCACGUGUCGUGAGUUUACGAGUAUUUUAAGUAUGAAAUGCAAUCACAUUUUAUUAUCGCACCGUGCAAUACGAUACGAUAUAAUAGAAUACGAUUAGAAUAUCACAGUAAUGAUAGCUCAUCUUUAAAAGACGAAGAAAAAAAA